GCGCUGCUUCCCCCGGGCUCCUCCUUCCCUGCCCACCUGGGAGCGGAGCCUCCCGCUGCCCUUGCCCCGUCCUCCCCCCCGCCUCCCGCUGCCGGAGGGAUCCCUCGGCCCCCGCUGCCUGCUGGGCUCACUUGUUGCCUGGCGCUUCCUCGCUGAUGGAGUCUGAGAUGCUGCAGUCGCCUCUCCUGGGGCUCGGGGAGGAGGAUGAGUCUGACCUGACUGACUGGAACUUGCCUCUGGCCUUCAUGAAGAAAAGGCAUUGCGAGAAGAUCGAAGGCUCCAAGUCUUUGGCGCAGAGCUGGAGGAUGAAGGACCGGAUGAAGACUGUUAGCGUUGCCUUAGUUUUGUGCCUCAAUGUUGGUGUGGACCCUCCUGAUGUGGUGAAAACAACUCCCUGUGCCCGCCUGGAGUGUUGGAUCGAUCCGCUGUCAAUGGGGCCUCAAAAAGCUCUGGAAACCAUUGGUGCAAAUUUACAGAAGCAGUAUGAAAACUGGCAGCCAAGAGCCAGGUACAAGCAGAGUCUUGAUCCUACUGUGGACGAAGUUAAGAAGCUGUGUACAUCUCUGCGCCGGAACGCCGAGGAAGACCACUACAAUGGGCACGGUGUCCCCAGGCCAACAGUGAACGGGGAGAUCUGGGUCUUCAACAAGAACUAUACUCAGUAUAUUCCUCUGUCCAUAUACGACCUGCAGACCUGGAUGGGCAGUCCCUCCAUUUUCGUCUAUGAUUGCUCCAACGCUGGCCUUAUUGUCAAGUCAUUCAAGCAAUUUGCACUACAGAGGGAGCAAGAGCUGGAGGUAGCUGCAAUUAACCCAAACCAUCCCCUUGCUCAAAUGCCUUUGCCUCCCUCGAUGAAGAACUGCAUUCAGCUGGCAGCCUGCGAAGCCAACGAGUUGCUACCCAUGAUCCCUGACCUGCCAGCCGACCUUUUCACAUCAUGCCUUACUACGCCGAUCAAAAUUGCUCUGAGAUGGUUCUGUAUGCAGAAGAGUGUCAGACUGGUGCCAGGAGUCACACUGGAUUUAAUAGAGAAGAUUCCUGGAAGACUGAACGACAGGAGGACUCCGCUGGGAGAGCUGAAUUGGAUCUUCACCGCUAUCACAGACACCAUCGCGUGGAAUGUCUUGCCUAGAGAUCUUUUCCAGAAGCUCUUCAGGCAGGACCUGCUGGUGGCCAGUUUAUUUCGAAACUUUCUCUUGGCAGAAAGAAUUAUGAGAUCAUACAACUGUACCCCCGUCAGCAGCCCUCGGCUACCUCCGACGUACAUGCAUGCCAUGUGGCAAGCGUGGGACCUCGCAGUUGAUAUUUGCCUUUCCCAGUUACCUACGAUCAUAGAGGAAGGAACUGCCUUUAGGCACAGCCCCUUCUUUGCGGAGCAGCUGACGGCUUUCCAGGUGUGGCUGACCAUGGGCGUGGAGAACCGCAACCCCCCGGAGCAGCUCCCCAUCGUCCUGCAGGUGCUGCUGAGCCAGGUACAUCGGCUGCGAGCUCUUGAUUUGCUGGGAAGAUUUUUGGACCUGGGUCCCUGGGCAGUUAGCUUGGCCCUGUCUGUUGGCAUUUUCCCGUAUGUGCUGAAGCUGCUUCAAAGUUCAGCUCGCGAGCUGAGACCGCUCCUUGUCUUCAUCUGGGCCAAAAUUCUGGCAGUGGACAGCUCGUGCCAAGCUGACCUUGUGAAGGACAACGGUCACAAGUAUUUCCUUUCAGUUUUGGCCGAUCCUUAUAUGCCAGCUGAACACAGGACAAUGACUGCUUUUAUCCUGGCUGUAAUCGUUAACAACUACAACACUGGGCAGGAAGCUUGCCUUCAAGGAAACCUGAUUGCUAUUUGCCUGGAGCAGUUAAAUGAUCCACAUCCUCUUCUGCGUCAGUGGGUGGCCAUUUGUUUAGGACGUAUUUGGCAGAACUUUGACUCAGCCAGGUGGUGUGGUGUGAGAGACAGCGCUCACGAAAAGCUCUACAGUCUCCUCUCUGAUCCAAUACCAGAGGUUCGCUGUGCUGCAGUCUUUGCGCUGGGAACGUUUGUGGGCAACUCGGCCGAACGGACCGAUCACUCCACCACCAUCGAUCACAACGUAGCCAUGAUGUUGGCCCAGCUCAUCAACGAUGGGAGCCCCAUGGUUAGAAAGGAGCUGGUGGUGGCUUUAAGUCACCUGGUGGUUCAGUACGAGAGCAACUUCUGCACCGUCGCCUUGCAGUUCAUGGAAGAAGAGAAGAAUUACCCUCUCCCUUCCCCAGCUGCCACAGAGGGUGGGAGUUUGACACCAGUGCGAGAUGGCCCGUGUACACCCAGGCUGCGGUCCGUCAGCUCUUAUGGGAACAUUCGAGCAGUUACCACAGCCAGGAACCUGAACAAGUCCUUGCAGAACCUCAGCCUGAAUGAAGAAUCUGGAAGCUCUGUUGCGUUUUCUCCUGGGAAUCUCAGCACCAGCAGCAGCGCUAGCAGCACCCUGGGCAGCCCUGAGAACGAAGAGUACAUCCUGUCGUUCGAGACCAUCGACAAGAUGAGACGAGUCAGCUCUUACUCCUCUCUGAAUUCACUAAUAGGUGUGAGUUUCAACAGUGUUUAUACCCAAAUUUGGAGAGUACUCCUUCACCUAGCUGCCGACCCCUAUCCUGACGUCUCCGACUUGGCUAUGAAAGUUCUCAACAGCAUUGCCUACAAGGCGACGGUGAACGCUCGCCCCCAGCGCAUCCUCGACACCUCCUCGCUGACGCAGUCGCCCCCUGCCAGCCCCACCAACAAGGGCAUGCACAUCCACCAAGUGGGAGGGUCGCCUCCAACCACCAGUACAAGCAGCUCCAGCCUGACAAACGAUGUGACCAAACAGCCCGUCAGUCGGGACAUCGCGUCUGUGAGGCCCGCCAACGUCGGCAACAUGGGGGUGCAGUACACGCCCCACUCCCACCAGUUCCCCCGGACAAGAAAAAUGUUUGACAAAGGGCCGGAACAGACCACUGACGAUGCCGAUGACGCCGUCGGGCACAAAAGUUUCAUUUCGGCCACGGUGCAGACGGGGUUCUGUGACUGGAGCGCCAAGUAUUUUGCUCAGCCGGUCAUGAAGAUCCCAGAGGAGCAUGACUUGGAGAGCCAGAUUCGCAAGGAGAGAGAGUGGCGGUUUCUGCGCAACGCGCGCGUCAGGAAGCAAGCCCAGAAGAUCAUCCAGAAGGGUAUUUCCCGGCUGGAUGAUCAGAUCUUCCUCAACAGGAACCCGGGCGUCCCCUCCGUGGUGAAGUUCCACCCGUUCACGCCCUGCAUCGCCGUCGCCGACAAGGACAGCAUCUGUUUUUGGGACUGGGAGAAAGGGGAAAAGCUGGACUAUUUCCACAACGGGAACCCUCGCUACACCAGGAUCACAGCGAUGGAGUACCUGAACGGGCAGGACUGCUCCUUGCUGCUGACUGCCACAGACGAUGGUGCCAUCAGAGUGUGGAAGAACUUUGCAGACCUGGAAAAGAACCCAGAGAUGGUGACUGCCUGGCAGGGGCUGUCAGACAUGCUGCCAACCACACGAGGUCUGGCCCGAAGGGUUUCAAUCUAUCUUGACAGAAGUAAACAGGGAGGUGAGUGCUUUCUUUCCUGUUACCUAUGGUCAGCUGGGUGGGACGGAUCUCCUCGUCUGGCUUCGGGUUGGUUGGCUGGUUGGUUUUUUUGGCAUUGUUUGAAUGACUGCUUGGUCCUUGUGGUUCCUGGAAAGCUUUGCUGCUUCUACCUCUCCCCUUCCUUGCCUCGUGCCUGUGUCCGUAACGGCCGUGAGAAAAGCAGGGAGGGUGUCUGGGCUCUCCGGGUACGCGUGGCCAAGCGCUGGGAAAAGGGCGUCUUCGUGUCAGCCCCUGCGCUUUCUGCCGUGAGAGGAGGCGCGGGGGGGAUGAGCGUGGUGCUCGGGUGCCCCUUCCUGCGGUUCGUUGGCUUCCAACUACGGCGGUCUCGCUACCGGCCCUUCCCGGACAGCCGCGGCGGUGCCACGGCACUGCCCCUCUUCCUGCGGCUCUGGCAUCGCCUGGGCUGCAGUGGGAGCGGAUCCCCGGCACGGGGCUGGUGCCGGUACCGGCACGACCUCUGCAGCCAGGACCGGCCACCGUGCCGGGCUGCAGAUGGAGCCAGCCCCAUCUCCCGGCGGGAAGGUGCCAGGAGUUCUCCUCGACCGCAGCUUUUAUCCAAAUGCUCCGUUCCUUCGGAUGCCUGCAUUGUGCGGUGCCGCGAUAUCCCCACCGGAGCCGACAGCUGUGUGACCAGCCUCUCGUGCGAUUCCCAUCGUUCCUUAAUCGUGGCGGGGUUGGGUGACGGCUCCAUCCGCGUGUUCGACAGGAGGAUGGCUCUGAGCGAGUGCCGUGUCAUGACCUACCGAGAGCACACGGCCUGGGUGGUGAAAGCAUACCUGCAGAAACAUCCUGAAGGCAACAUCAUGAGUGUCAGUGUAAACGGAGACGUGCGGUUCUUCGACCCCCGGAUGCCGGAGUCCAUGAAGGUCCUUCAGAUAGUGAAAGGGCUGACGGCCCUCGACAUUCACCCGCAAGCCAACCUCUUUGCGUGUGGCUCGAUGAAUCAGUUCACUGCGAUCUACAAUGGAAACGGGGAGCUGAUCAACAAUAUCAAAUACUACGAUGGUUUUAUGGGACAGAGAGUUGGAGCCAUCAGCUGCCUGGCUUUCCAUCCUCACUGGCCUCACCUGGCAGUCGGCAGCAACGACUACUACAUCUCGGUGUACUCAGUGGAGAAGCGGAUCAGAUAACGGCUGGCGGCAGCGGCACCGGAGAAGGGAGUCCCAGCGGGCAGGGCCGUGUCUCACCCAUGAUGUACAUAGUGAAAUUAUCGACUUGAAUGUUUAGUGUUGGCUGCUGCUGCAACCCAUAACUUGAACAUAUUUUUUUUUCUGACUUAGCUACUGAUGAUUUUGACAAGGGGAAGAGAGACAAUCUCCUUUUUUGUUUGUUUGUUUGGGUUUUUUUUUUUCCCCAGCUAUAUCCUCUAAAAGCUGCAGAAAAGGAACAUUUUAUUUUUGUUUCCAGUGGUUGGCUUCUCUGUUAGAAACACGGCUCCUGAGCUUGGAGGGACUGGAUGAGGCAAGACCCUUGAGCAGGGCUUUUUGGUUUAGUCUUUGUUUCUCUGUUUUGCUGGAGCGUAGGUUGCUUUAAGGACUGCGGUCAGGACUCACCUACAGCUCUGUGCGCUCGACCAGACCAGGGGACCCCUCCAGCUGCUGCCUACCCCGUGCCAAACUGAAAUUCCUCCAACGGGGCAGCGAGACCCGAGCUGUCCAUCUGCAGAACAGCGUACGUGCUCCUGCACCGCCCGAGCCUGGGCAAGGGAGGUAGGAGAGCGUCUCCUCUGCACGGACCCUGUCCUCUCCGGUGGAAGCAGAGGCAGAAGGCGACUCGGUGGCAAGGGGAGGUGGGGAUCCCGAGGACAGGGGCUUGAGGAGAUGACAGGAGCCAGGCAGGAUGCCGCCGUACCGUAAGGUUGCACGUAUAGGGAGAAGAGGAAAGAAAGAGAACGGACAUCUCCAACGUCCCAGCAAGCCUGGAGCAGGUCACUCACGUCACCACUUUCCACCCACGCACACGGUGCUGGUGGGGAGGUCUGGGGUAUCGCGGUCACUGUCACUUCCACAGUCACUGUCCUUCUGCCCACGGGGAGCUCCACGAGCAGCCCGGGAGGCUCCAGGUUCAAGCCGCGGGCUUUCAUGUCGCUCCAACGCGCUAAUAUUCAGCAAGGUGAUGGUCAGGAGAAUUUGCACACUUGCUGCUGUGCGUCUGCAGCUGCACACGUUGUGUGGCCGUGGCUCGUCUGUCUGUCCCUGCAGAACUGGGCAUGUAACCACACGUGGUCUGAGCACGAGAGUCACAGAAGGAGGGGGCAGCAGGUCAUCCUGCUUUGAGCAAAACAGCUUCGUCCCAGCUGUCUAGGGAAAAGCUUGCUCCAUCUUCCACACCUUCCCUGUCUGAAUAAUGAAUGUUUCUGUCCCUUGAAAUCCAUGGUGGGUGUGGGGAAGGGGUAGGCAGAGCCAGAGGGCAGGUUUCUUCCAAGUGGCUGCUGCCGAGGUGCGGUUUAGCUGGCCGAGAACAGAACUUGCACUGUGCAAAAACCACUGCAGCGACAAGGGUUGACCUGCUGCGUCCAGAAGUCCCCGGUUUCCCUCCCAACCGGAGCCACGGAGUCUGCAGGCUCCCAGCAAACUGCCAGCGAUGAGGCUCACCGCGAAGGAAAUGCCGAGGGAAGGGGUGAGAAACGUCCUGCGGAUGGUGGCUUCGCCCCUGCCGUGGCGCCUGCGGAGCGCGUCCGACCCGUCACUGCUCCGGAGGCACCAGAUAAUCUCCUUUCCUCUACGCGUGGAGGCCGCCGGGCCACGCAGGGCUCGUGGAGUUGGCUCGCUGCGGGGAAGCGGCA